AUGGGGCCGAGCCUUCAUCCCCAAAUAACUGAGCGAUGGAAUGCUAUCGCAAAAUCUGGACUAAGUAAAGAGGAACGCGACAAGCUCCUCGACAAAUAUCCUAUCCCAGAAAGAAUGAUUAUUGCCGGGGCCAAGAUUAACCCCGAAUUAACAUCGGCUAUACCGGAUGUCGUUAAAAUUAAGGAUGACAGCCUUCGCCGUAUUCAGGAUCAUAUUGCCACAGCCUCCGCGGCUAUUGGCAAUGUACUCGGCAGCAUCUUGGACGAUAAGAUGGAAAUCACUCGUCAUGAUCUAAUUUCAAAGAUAAGUGAUGCCGGCAGAUACCUCCUCGGCACCCAGUAUGCCCUUUCCACAUACAGGAGGAAGCAAGUCGCUGCUAACAUUAAGGACCCGACUAUGACCCGAGUCCUAAAUGACUCCGAGGUUUACCCUUUCUUGUUUGGACAACAAGAAGUCUGGUCACCACCGCACGGCUUCUUUAAACUCUUCACGACCGCUCCCGAGCUCGGGGUAUCGAACCACCAGGAAGAGCAAUCGGAGCGGUCCUCGUCGCCAUCAUUAACUCUUCAGGUGAGUUCACAUGCUGGGCGAUUGAAACAAUUCUACCACGAAUGGUUGACACUCCCAAGCGUGGGAAAGAAAGUAUUGUCCAUCAUAAAUGGAUACAAAUUACCUUUUAAGACCAUUCUCAAUCCAACAUUCCUUUCUAAUAAGGAAGUUUCCAUUCAGGAGACGAAUGAUAUUGACACUUCUAUUCGCGAACUAAUCCAAUUAGGCGCAAUAGAGAGAUGCAAUAACGAUCCUAACCAAUUUGUAUCUCCAAUAUUUUUGGUUCCUAAACCAGACGGCUCGAAGAGAUUUAUCAUUAAUUUGAAACAUCUUAAUGAGUACCUACAAUACUCCAAGUUCAAGAUGGAGGAUCUUAGGUCUGCAAUUCGUUUAAUGGAAAACGACUGCUACAUGACCACCAUUGAUCUUAAAAACGCAUAUUAUCUAAUAAGCGUGUCAAGAUCUGAUCGUAAAUUCUUACGAUUUAGUUGGAAAGGCGAAUUAUACCAAUUCAAUUGCCUUUGUUUUGGCUUAAGUUCAGCUCCUACAACUUUUACCAAGAUUUUACGACCAGUCAUGCGUUAUCUCCGCAUUUCUGGCAUAAGGAAUGUCAUCUACUUGGAUAACCCUUUUACGAUUGGAAACAGUUACGAAAACUGCUUGUUAUCCACUUUCACCACAAUCAGGAUUUUAGAAAAGCUAGGAUAUAUCAUUAAUUAUGAUAAAUCCAAGUUGAUCCCGUCAAAAUCUCAAAGAUUUUUGGGAUUUAUUCUCAACUCUUCCAACAUGACUGUUGAAUUGCCGAGGGAAAAAGCCAUGCAUACAAUUCAUCUUUGUAAGAGGCUUCUUGACAAAAAUACUUGCACAGUUCAACAACUAGCAGAAUUUACAGGCACACUUGUUGCCUGUUUCCCUGCAAUAAGAUAUGGUCCUUUGUACACCAAACUAUUUGAGAGUACAAAAUUCCUAACUCUGCUUCAGAUGGGAACUGAUUACAAAUCGCAAGUUAUCUUAAACAAAUACAUCCACGAGGAUGUUAAAUGGUGGUUAACCUCAUUAACCAAUCCAAUCUCUCCAAUCAGAACGGAUGUAAUAAACUAUGAGUAUAUUACUGAUGCGUCAUUAUCUGGUUGGGGAGCACAUUGCAAUGGAGUUGCAAUUAGCGGUUUAUGGGACGGAGAUGACAAGAAGUUGUCCAUAAAUUACCUCGAGCUUAAAGCUGCAUGGUAUGGACUUCGCAGUUUUGGCAAGUCCUGGUCUAAUGGCACUAUCUUGCUAAGAAUAGACAAUACCACCGCAUUGAGUAAUAUAAAUAAAAUGGGUAGUAUUCAGUUUCUCCAUUUUAUGAAGCUCACAAGAUUAAUUUGGAAUUUCUGUGAGUCAAGAAAUCUUUGGCUUGUUGCGUCAUAUAUCCGCUCCAAGGACAAUGACAUCGCAGAUUUCUACUCCAGGGUCACUCAAACUGACACUGAAUGGAGUCUGUCAUCUAAAGCAUUUAAUAAGAUGACCACUAAGUUUGGAUCACCCAGCAUUGAUCUUUUUGCAACUCUUCAGAAUGCAAAAUGUUCAAUUUAUGUUUCCUGGAAACCUGACCCUUUCGCAUCCAAUAUUGAUGCUUUUACUUUAAGUUGGACCGAUUUAAAUUUUUACGCAUUUCCUCCCUUUAGUAUGAUACUACGGGUUUUGCGAAAAAUUAAGACAGACCAAGCCACUGGCUUAGUCGUCGUUACCCAUUGGGAGUGUCAACCUUGGUUUCCACUAUUCAAAUCCAUGCUGAUCUCCCCAUCCUUUGUGCCAUUCACUUUCACUGAUGGAAGGAGUCUUGUCAGGGAAGCGCUCAAGUCACGAGGACUCGACGAUUCUGCUGACACCAUCAUCAACUCACUCUCAAAUUCGACCUGGAAACAAUACGAAUCUUCCCUCAGAUGUUGGUCAAAAUUUACCAAUCAACGACAACUUUCCAUCUUUAUAACUUCUCCAGAAGUUGUGGCUUCCUUUCUAACUGAAAUGCUCAAAUCCGUCGGUUAUAGUUCAAUUAACACGGCGCGCUCAGCCCUAUCCUUAUUAGCUACUAACUCAGAGUUUGAAAACAUUGGGUCUAACCCAGUAGUAAAACGAGUUAUUAAGGGAGUAGCCAAGAUGAAACCACCAAAACCAAGGUACGAUGUAAUCUGGGACGCAACCACCGUGACUGAAUAUCUGAAAACUCUUUGGCCCCAUGACCAACUAUCCAUCUCGGCCUUGACUGAGAAAUGCGUCACCUUGCUUGCCCUGUGUACCGCACAACGUUGUCAAACUUUAUCCAAGAUAAAGAUUUCCGAAGUGAAGGUUGGUCACAAUCAAAUCGACAUUUUUUUGACUGAUCAAGUUAAAACUUCCGGACCAGGAAAAUUUCAACCGCAUUUGAUACUACCUAAAUUUGAAGAUCAUGAAUAUUGGUGUAUUAUGACUUGUGUAAGAGAUUACAUCUCUCGUACUCAAGAGAUACGAACUGGCGAUGAAUUAUUCGUGGGCUUAUCAAAACCACACCGACCUGUUGGAUCUCAAACCAUAGGACGUUGGAUUAAGAACACGCUAUCUAAUAGUGGCGUUGAUGUGACCCUUUUCAAGGCUCACAGUGUCCGUCAUGCUUCAACUUCGAAGGCAUUAAGCAACGGAACCAAUAUUGAGGAAAUUCUCUCCUUAGACUAA